AUGAAUCAGUCGUCAUCUUCAACCGCCAACGAAACAAAUGUCCCCUGGAGUAAAAUCGCUCUUGGUGUGUUCCUUUAUUUUAUUGUCCUUGUUACUAUUUUUGGUAACAUCCUAGUACUGGUCGCCGUUAAAAGUAACAAACGUCUUCAGACGGUGUUUAAUUUUUACGUAGUGAAUUUAGCUUUGACGGACGUUUUAGUAGCUGUUACGGCAAUGAGUUUCUACACCUUGGACAAUAUUCUUGGUUACUGGCCAUUUGGAAGGAUAAUGUGUGGUGUUUGGAUAUUUUUUGAUUAUGGAAUGACGUUCGCGUCCGUUUUCACGCUAUGUAUUAUCUCUAUUGACCGAUUCUGGGCGGUAAAUUGGCCGAUACAUUACAAAUCUCAUCAUAAUAAAAAGAAAGCCCUUGGGAUGAUAUGUGGUGCAUGGUUGUUUUCAUUGGUGUUAUGGUUACCCCCGUGUGUACUGGACCGUGUACAGAAUUACGUAGCAGACGACACCUGUAUUUGGGACCCGUUGUUGAACCAAGAAAUGGUUAUCGUAAUAGGAAUUGUGGGUCACCACGGUUCCUUCUUCCUGCUGUUCGGGUGUUAUCUGCGGGUUCUGUUUGUAGUUCGACGACAGAGGAAAAUCAUCUCGGCGGAAAUCACUGUAGAUUCGUCGAUUAAUUCAAUUCUGAGUCGUCGAAAUCAAGCCUCAAAUUGUACAGUCAGUGAAACAGAUGACAUAACUCCUGUGUCAAAGAACAAACUAUAUUUUGUUUUGUUACAAUAA